UACUCAUUUCAGGGCGGAAGCAUAAAUAUCACAAGUGUCAUAUAAUGGACAACCCUCCAUAAAACGGAAACAUUCCCAAACCGGAAUAUGUUUUCUCCCGAUCGAUUUUGGCUCAGUCAGAUUUUACUGAAUGUAAAUAUACAAGGGCGAGAUAUGUGCUUUACGCUCACUGCGACCCUGCGGCGUUCGCGUGCCAAAGUGCGUUCCAAAGUGCGCUUUACUGGUAAUGCCCCCAAAGGAGCGGCUGGAAAAGCGAGUCGAACAGGUCCUAGAUUUAUUAAGAGCAAAUUCAUCGAACCUGAGGACCGUAUUGUUGGAGGAACUGAAACUACUAUAACCGAUUUUCCUUUCGCGGUGUCACUAGAGUACCAAGGAAACCACUCGUGUGGAGGUUCCAUCAUUAGUGAAAAGUAUAUUUUGACAGCCGCACAUUGUUAUCAUGCUUCGGCUAAGGACUAUACAGUGCGAGUGGGUUCCAGCGAAAGGGAAAACGGUGGAACUGUGUUGGAAGUGAAGAAGUUCAUCGUCCACCCGAAUUACGACCCCGAUGUAUUAUUUGAUUACGACAUGGCGCUGCUGGAGCUUACGGAGUCCAUCGAGAUGUCCCCGACGUCGCAGCCAGUGGAGCUGCCUGAGGAGGGAAGGCCAGUGAAAGCGGGGGAGAUCGCAGUCGUCGUUGGCUGGGGCAGACUCAAGAGUAACGGCGAGUCGCCCACGAAUUUGCAACAAGUGUCCAUACCCGUGGUGGAUAUCGUGCGCUGUAACAAAACGUACUGGGAAGAACUAACGCCCAGAAUGUUCUGCGCUGGAGAGAAAAACGGAGGACGAGACUCUUGCCAGGGCGACUCCGGGGGCCCGUUGUUAAUAAACGACACACAAAUAGGUAUCGUGUCGUUUGGACUGGGCUGCGGAAGAGAACCCGGGAUAUACACGAAUGUACCAGAAUUGCGAUCCUGGAUCUCAGAUAUCGCUGGUGUUUGAUAUCAGUUGCAUGGACUUGGAAGAACAGCGUUCAGCUAAACGACUCUGAGUGAAUUAAAAGUAGUGUUGUAAGAAUUUAUGAUACGCACAUUGAUUCCAACUUUAUAUUACGCCAUUUAUUUGUUUUACUUUCACUGCGAAACCAAUUUUAUCAGGUUUAGUGUUGUAUGGCCAGAUUUGUAAAUUUCUCUACAGUUCAUUCAAUACAAAAUAAAGAUAUUAAAGAGUUCUUGUUUCAAUGGGAUCAGGAAAAAUAAUUUCUUAUUCACGAACAACUUGUUUUAAUCAUGCGACUGCAUGUCACCUAUCUAGCGUUAAAAAAUGUAAUACUGAACUGUGAUCAAUAAAGCAACUAGUGGUGCAUAAAAAUGGUACGGACUUUACUGUAUAACUUUUUUCUAUUCUCUUGAAUCGGAGCAAACGUUUUGGUUCUAUCACAUCCUCUUCCCAGUAUCUACCAAUCAACCUUUUAAAAGACCUACGAGGUCCUUUCGCAGUGAAUAUCACCUAACGCUCCUCUAGAGAUUUCCUCAGUGAAUAUCAACUUCUGUGUACCGAACAUCGCAUGGGCCUCUAUCUUUGUUUUUGUACCUUUACACAAUUGCUCUUGGUAUCCUUUGGCCCCUUCUCAGCGUUAACCACUGUUUUAGGUGUACAGGAUAAUUCCUUCCAGGUCAUGAGAUUAUGAAGGUUUAAGAUAUAGUUGUAAAAGAAACUCUGAAUGCCUCCUACGACACGACGAAAAUUUCCCACACGCAGGUUAUCACAACCUUACUCUCAACGUAGUUGGGCUUCCAUGUUAAGCCCCUAUCUUAAGAAGCCGAAUCACUUGACCGUACAUUUUGUAAAGGUAUCGAGGAAUCAAGGUUAAGUAAUGUAACAAUAGCAAUAAUAAUCAUAAGAAUAAUUUGAUAAUAUUAUAACUAAAACUGAUCUGUUUAUGCAUUUGAGAGCACAAAUGUGCUUUGGAGCAUUGAACUCAUAGGUAGGUCAGUGAGUUUAACACUUUUCGAUUGCAAAGCAACUAAGCUCACAUGAUUUAGCAUUAAAAUCUAUCGACAUCGCCAAAAAACCAAUGAAAUAAAUUCUACAAAUAAACUUAAGAAAUUAAAUAAAAUGUUACAACUUAUCAUUUGCAUCAACACAUUAAUUUCGAAAAUAAUAAGAGUGUAAAUUUAUAUUCAGGAAGUAGAUUCUUUAAUACUUUUUAUUUUUCCGUUAACGUGCGAACAUACGAAUUAAUAUACGUAGUACAAGGGAAAGUUUUGUAAUGCUGCGCGAAAGAACGGAAAUUUAGUAGAAAA